CACGACUUGUUUUUUGUAAUCAAAAUGUUAACAGGUUAAAGAAAACUUAACCUGGUACCGAUUGGAUCCUUAGUGCGGAAGGGAUGUAGGCGAUAUGUACCAUAGCUUGUGGAUUUGGACCAAUCGUCUUUUCAUUUCACUGAGCGGGAGCAGGUUGUGCACAAAAAAGGUAAAAUCGUGCAGUGCGUGCGACUACGUAAAAGGUUGCCUGUUUGGUUAUGAACGUAGAGCGCCACCUGCCCGUAAAUGGAAGUAUGUCACUGGGCUUGCGAGCAUAGGACCUCUUGCUAGUUGCAUGAGUGUAGGCUUGAUUUUUGAAUGUUAGUUUUCUCGCGAAACGGCAGACGAUAGCAUGUGAGAGUGGGAAUUGCAAAAUUCGCGCAUCUCGUAACUAGUCUUUCCAUUCACACACGAUUUACAUGGAGUUAGUAAAUAAGAGACUGUAAAAUAAUUAAUCAGUUGCUCGGGGAAUGGUGAACGUAUAAUACUGAACAUAAGACAGGCGCAAAGAAUUUGUACUUUUUUUUUACAGAAAAAUAAGUUCAAAACUUUCACUGGGAAGUUUGCGUCCUUAAGUUCUAUUUAACUUCAAGUAUGACAGCAAAAAGCGAAUAGAACGUUCCAUGUCGCAUCGAAUCCGUGACAGAAGAUCCACUUGUCGACGUAAUGAAACUAGGUCUGUGAAUUCUCUUUGUUAUAGAGAUGAGAAGAUAAGAAAUAAUUGAAAGAGAAUUGUUGUGGACUCUAAUUUACUGUGAACUUUGCUUCAUUUUCUUUGGUUUAAUAUUUAUUGUAAGUAUCACCAAGCCCGAAGAGUAGAAAAAAAAUUAAAAAAAUGCCUGGUAGCAUAUUUGCUAUUAGUUCAAAAGUUCAUCGAUCGGACUCGACACGUUCCGAUUCUGACGCGAGCAGCGAUUCCCGAGCAUCAGCAAAAAAGGUGAGUUUUAAUAAAGCUGUUAGGGUUAAGAAGUACCCUCGUAGGACUGAAACCUACAUGAAUGGAGACAAACCAAACGGCAACCACGUUCCCAAUGAAGUUAGUCCUGAAAAGAGAUUUUGGUUUAAAGUGUAUAAAAAUCGCCAUCAUCAUGAGCCAAAUAUGGAACAGGUCAAAAAGGAGUACGAUUACUCCACGUCUAACUCGGAUAAUAAACGUAAUGGCUUCAACAAGGACAGUCUAACGUCUGUUGUCAGACCUAAAGAUACCACGAAUGAAACCGACGACAAAAUAUCGAUAGGUACAAGCUUCAGUUCAGGACGUGACAGUAGAGCUAAGGGAGAUGACAGAUUCUCUAGCAAAGUUUUAUCUGAGGCCCCACGAGUGAAAAAGGAUCAUGUUAAAAAUAUUGUAAAAAUAUUUAAUAAAGAGGCAUUUUAUCCACAUGAAAAUACAAAAGACCAACCUGAAACAACAAAGGAUUCAGAGACAAAGAAUAAUAGAGUGUCUGUUGAGUCUUUUAAAACUCCAGCAGAUCAUUUAGAAGUUAAUACAAAAAAUAUUCGAGAAAAUAAACCUAAGAAAAACAAAAUCUUCAAUGGCGUCAAAGUAAUAUUUGGAAUGACACAUUUAAAAAAGAAGGACACUAAAAAUCUAGUUAAUUCAAAAAACCAAGAAAACACAGUACGUAAUUACAGAGAACAGUGUGUUCCAAGUGAAGUGGUCUCGACUAACCCAAAAGGCCCUUUUAUGAUUGAUGAUCAUAUAAUGAAUGGUGAUCUCCAAGAAAGGUCUUUUGGUCGUUUGAGAAAAAAUUCAUCAUCAUCUUGGAGGUCGUUCGAUGAAAAUGAUUCUUCUAUUGAAAUUCAACCUAUUGAAAACAAUAUCAAUAUUAUGAGAGCAGCUAGAAGUGCUGAGAUCUUGAGAGGCCCAUCUUUAUCUAGUUUGAAUUCAGAUACAUGGAAGAACAGUGAUAGAAUAGCGCCACAUAACACAUUUAUGACGAAUUCUAUCUACCAGAAUGACAAACGCUUUCAGACUUUUGACGAGAGUGAUCACAUUUUGGGAGAGCAUGGGUGGGAAGAAAGUAAUGAUGAUAAACAUUCUUCUAAUAACCGACGAGCCAAGUCUUGUGAUGAUCUACUUACAGAUUAUGAUAACAAUAUGUAUAGCACAACAGCAAAAGGUAUGUCCACAGAUAAUAUUCACCAAAGGCAAGAUGACCGAGAUUGGUCUUUGGAUAAUCUUGUAGAACAGAAGAUUUCAAAACCCGCAUGUAAACUCACGGAAGAAAAAGGUGUUCAGUGUAGCAAGGCGUCCAUAUUAAGGGAUUCCUCUGUUACAUGUGAAGAUGAAGAUCAAUCAAGAAUAAUCCGUUCAAAGGAUGGAUUCGUUUCCGCUUACAGUAAUGUUCCUAUUUUAGAUUAUCACAUUAUUAAUAAUCACGAUAAACGUGAAAUGGAUACGGGCUUCAUGAAUUGUUUAAAUAGUGAAGCUAUCUACAGCCAAGUAAAUAAAGAAAAGGGAAAGAAGGCAAAAGAAAAGAAGAAUAACACAUUAGGUGAGAAGUUUAGAUCUGAAAGCUCCCUCUUUGACAUGCCAUCUAACAGACUGCACCACUAUGCCACCCUCCCAUCUGAAGGAUCCUUGAAUGAAUUAAAAACUAAAAAUGAUUCAUUAGGUUUAGACAAUCAUAAUAAGCAUAAAACCCUUCUAGGAAAGACACAUGUUUGGGAAAAGAAUGAUAAAAAAAAGUGGUACAACGUAGACCAUAAAUUGUAUGAGAAAAAUUAUAGAGGUAGCCAUUUUGAUAUCAGUUACAACAAGGAGGCUGAUUUGUCAAGUGAAGCUACCAACCGCUACCACAAGAAUAGAGCUAUUCCUUCAUCGGUAAUUCGCGAGCUUAAUCCCCAAAAGCAAGAAAUUAGCUAUGAAAAUGUGCCCUACCAGAAUGGUAGACAGAUAAAUAGUGUUUCCGUUAGCGGAGGAUUGUGUCCUAAGAUGGCAGAAGAAGACUAUCGUCGAGAGAUGGCGCAAAGCGAUGUUUCCUAUCAAUCAAAUUGUUAUGUUGAAAACGACACAAACAGCUCUGUGUCUCGAGUUGAGAAAAAAGAUGAUGUGAAAAGACGUGUUUUUACUCUGAACAAACAACAACUAAAGGAAAGAGAAAAGCAAAAUGAAAAGGUUCAUCUGUUUAUGAAAAAACAAGAUGUGGAGGACUUUUCUGAAUUUCCGAAUGACCAGUUCUAUGUUAGUGAUAACAGAUGCAGGGGUACUCAUUCAGAUCGUUAUGUACAGAGUGACUCUUCAGACGUCAGAAGAGGUUUUACUGCUACUUCUCAAUCUCAACAGAAAGCUCGAGUGCGACGAAGUAACAGCACAGCUAUUAGUGGAAACAGCAGAGAACGGAAAAAUCGUCACUACGGAUAUAUAACAGGGUCAUCAGCUGCUUCUGGAGUGUCUAGUUCUGACAGUGACUCAACAAGACGGCGUAAGCCACUGGUCAUGUACAUUCCGGGAAUUAGCCAUUAUGAAAAACAUGCAGAUCAAAAUGAACAGCGCAGUUCAGUGGCUCGAGUCGUUCGUAGCCGGUCUGUGUUGUCUUCCAAACCAGGCAAGUACCAAAAGCGUGGAGUAAACAGGUACAGACACCAUGUGGAUGAUACGUCUGACGUAAUUUCGGAAGAACCAGACACUCUUGCUCCUCUGGCAACCUUGGGUAAAUUUCGUAAAAGUAAACGUGGAAGCGAGAAUAAGAGCCGAAGCGACCUCCAACGGAGACAUUCUAUGCCAAAAGACGCUAAAUUUAGUUGGUUCAAGUGGAAGGUAAAAGUAAGACCAUCACGUGAGUCGUGACGUAAUGUAUGGUUCUAGUGGAGUGUAAAUAAGUAUGUAGGUAUGAUUCACUGGUGAUAGGAGCACUUUUAAAGUGACAUGGGUAUUCUUAUGUGGCUUAUUCUACAUGAAUAAUAUUUACAUUUUUGUUACUUUGAACACAUGCAGUAUGUUGUUGUGAACUAAUAAUGAUUAAAACAGGUGAGAAAAUAAUAACCCGUGGUGGUAAAUAAGCUUAUUACUGUUGCGGUACUUGAUGAUAGCUUUGAUACGAAACAUAACUAGGAAUAUGUAUUUAGUGUACCCUAAAUAGGGUAACUGUGACAUGACAGAAUCCGUCUCCGGUGUGGAAAAAAAAAGCACCAAAGCAUAAAAACUUAAGAGUCAAAACGUCGGGUGAUGAAUUUGAGUUCUGUGAUUAGGUUUUCUAUAUGCAGAUAAAAAAUUUUCGGAUGUUUAUAAUUAUUUGUACAGAAAGAAAGGUUUUUUGUUAACCGACAUUUUUGAUAUCUUAAGACUGAUUUCGUUCAAGCGCUCGGCAGUAAAGUCAUCCUAGUGCCAGUCUUCAUGCUUAAUUCAAAGUGUACUUGCUAGUUUGUUGUACUAGUUAGUCAUGCUGCAGGACGUAAAGAGUAACUUCGACGACCUGUAACGAAAGGUUGUUUUGAGAGCAGUUUGAUGUGAUUUAGUUUCUUAGAUAUUACUGUUUGGCUUUGUUUUAUUAAAUUGUUAAAAAAAAAAAAACUUGCGCCGGUAGAACAAUAGUUUCCAUCUUGGAAUAAAAAAGAUCUUAUUCUUUGUCACUUGGCGAUAAUUUCUAGUUAUAUAAUUAUCUAAAUUUUCCAGAAAUAUUGGGUGACAGUUGCACUAAAUGAAGAGUAGGGAUUAUUAUGUAACGAGACAAACCACCAUAAAUUUCAGGAAAGUAUUUUCUUUCGGCUUCUAGCUUUUUCCAGAUGCUUCACGCUUGAACGAUUCUUGGUCACAAUAAUGAGGCAGGCAAACAAUAAGUUUAUUUUAAUACAUGGAGAGUUCGUAAGCAACAAUGCAUGAACAAUCGUAGUUUUGUGGUACAUUGUGUUAUUUUUACUGCUUUUGUGAGUCAUUAGAUAUGUUUACACAAUCGUGGGAAAGCUAUAUGCACUCUUUAACCCUUUAGUUACAAACAUCGGUAUAUUAUAUAUUCAUAAUUUUUGCAUUAAGUCACUUUUAUAUUUUCAUAAUAUGGGUUUAGAGCUUUAUAAUAGUUUAUGAAAAAUUAAUCCUUAGGCUAUUUAUUUUACGCGUCACCGAUAUGUUAUUUAAAAGUAUUAAGACAGUCAUAUAAAACUCCUGUUGGUAAUAUACGUCUGUUUGAUAUAUCUUUGUAAUAUGAAGGUUUAUUUUAGCAUUUUCGCAAAGAGUUCAUGGAAAAUUAUUUGUUAGUUCUAUUUUAAAAUACAGGAUAAUCAGUAGAAAUGUUUAGCAAAAUUUCGCGAAGUUAUUAGGGGUAAAAAUAAUUUCUUGACGAACCAUUUAAAUAAGUAGGGACCGGUGAAUGGAAAACGCUAAUAGAUGUGAUUUUUUAUUACAUAUAUAUAAAUGUUUAAUAAGAAUUUUCAAAGUCGUAUAAGAGAUAGAAAAUAGUAUCCAAAAUCCCAACAGCAGAUAAGCCUGGUUGAAUUUAUAAGGCCUUAAGAACCAGUAUAGUAACAAUUUAACUGCAUAUAUAUAUCAGUUGUGGAGCUAAUUGAAUAUGUGAAAUCAGAGCAAAGCAUUUAUUAUGAUAUAUCAUUGCUAUAAAUUAAAAUAAAAACUGAUUCAGUUGGUCCAGUUUUAAAACAUGUAUAUUAAAGUUUUCCUAAACAUUCUUUCAAUCAUAUUCAUGUUCUUAAAGUAGCGCCUAGCGGUCAUGCGGUAAACUAGUCUCCAUCCGAAGAACUAGUUGAAGAAACUGGAGCAUGACUUCUUGUUUACAGUUUGAUUAUAUCACUGUGAUUAUUAAGCUUAUAUGUUUCGAUUAUUAACAGGUGCUAAAUCCAAUUUUAAAGUUGUUCUGUUGUGCUGGUAUUUUAA